AUGAGCACAAAACUGAGUCGAGAGGAAUACAGGAAGCAGAAGGAUCUGGAAGCCGCUCGAAAGGCCGGAACAGCUCCCGCAGCUAGGGACGAGGAAGGUCACGAAAUCAACCCACAUAUCCCCCAAUACAUCUCUGAAGCACCAUGGUAUAUCAAUGACGGACAUGCGUCGUUGAAGCAUCAGAAGGCACCGCAGACAGACGCGGAUCGGUUUACAGAUGAAUGGUAUCAGCGUGGAGAGCGAGCUGGCCCGGCAGCAACAAAGUACAGGAAGGGAGCAUGCGAGAAUUGUGGAGCAGCAACACACAAGACCAAGGACUGUGUAGAACGACCCCGCAAGAAGGGCGCCAAAUGGACCGGGAAAAACAUCAAAGAAGACGAACUCAUCCAAAAAGUCGAAAUGUCUUUUGACGCCAAACGCGAUCGCUGGAACGGUUAUGAUACUACAGAGCACAAGAAGAUCUACGAGGAGUAUGAACAAGUCGAAGAGGCGAGGAGGAAACUGAAGGAGAGUGAGCUGGAUAAACAGGAUGCCCAGGCUGCGGCUAUGGCGGAGAGAAUGGAGAAUAUCGCGAAUGAGUUUGGGGAUAGUGACGAUGAUGACGAUGAUGAGGAGAAGUAUGCGGAUAAGUCCGAUAUGCCUGGACAGAAGGUUAACCCCAAAACCCGCACCACCAUUCGCAACCUCAGAAUUCGUGAGGAUCGCGCAAAGUACUUGUACAAUCUGGAUCCCAGGUCUGCCCAUUACGAUCCCAAGACACGUUCGAUGCGUGACAAUCCUCUCAAGGACCAGGACCCCAACAAUCUCAUCUAUGCCGGAGACAACUUCCAACGGUACUCUGGAAGCAUCACAGAUAUGGCGAAUGUACAAUUGUUUGCCUGGCAGGCAGCCGAGAAAGGAUCCGAUGUGCAUUUGCAGGCGAACCCAACACAGGCCGAGAUGCUGCACAAAAAGUUCAAGGAGAAGAAGGCCGAGCAGCAGGGUGAAAACAAGGUCAGCAUUUUGGCCAAGUACGGAGGCGAGGAACAUUUGGACGCGCCUGCUCGCGAGCUGCUGUUGGCCCAGUCGGAGAACUAUGUCGAGUACUCCCGGUCAGGAAGGGUUGUCAAGGGUCUCGAGCCCGCCAAGGUCAAGUCGAAGUACCAGGAAGAUGUUUACAUCAACAAUCAUACGACGGUGUGGGGUUCGUUCUGGGCCGAUGGCAGGUGGGGCUACAAGUGCUGUCGGUCCUUUAUCAAAGGGUCCUACUGUACGGGCGCUGCUGGUAUUGAGGCGCAGGAAGCCAGCAACCGUCUUUCUUCAUAG